UCUGCCAUCUUGGCUCCGCCCCCUGUCAAACUGUUUUUUUAUAUCUACAGAGUUGCCCGAGGUCUUUCCAUCUGCACCACUGCUCUCCUGAGUGCUUUUAAAGCCAUCACUAUCAGUCCCAGUCAUUCUAAAUGGGCACGGCUGAAGUUUAAAGUGUCCACCUGGAUUUUCCCCUCUUUCCUUUUCUUCUGGGUCAUCAACAUGCUGAUCUACAUUCACAUCAUUGAAACUGUAAGAGCCAAAUGGAAUUUCACUGUCAUUGGUCGUGGAUUUGUUCAUGCAUACUGUCAAACCAGGCAGUCUGGGGAUCACCAUUCAGGGUCAUUUGUAAGUGUCAUGCUGACUCGUGAUUUCCUGUUUAUGGCACUGAUGAUCAUGUCCAGCCUCUACAUGGUGGGGCUCCUGUACAGACACCACAGGGGAGCCCGGCACCUCCACAGCUCCAGCCUUUCCAGGCAGAUGUCUCCAGAAAACAGAGCCACCCACACUAUCCUUUUGCUGGCAUUUUGUUUUGUGUUCUUUUACUUUUGCAAUAACUUUGUGGACAUUUAUGCAUUUUAUAGACCUGAGAAAGACUCAAGAUUGGUGGGCAUUACUGGAAUUUUAUCAUCACGCUACCCAACAUUCGGCCCAUUUUUUCUGAUGAAAAAUAACAAAAAUAUUCCCAAAUUGACUUCUUCCCUUUAA